AUGACUGCAUUAAAACAUAUUUUCAUCCUGUUUUUAAUUGUUAGCACUAUACCUAGUGCAAAUCCCGGUCUGCUUGGAUUUUCCCUUGGUGGUAGUGUUUGUGUUGCUGGUUGUACAGUUGCUUAUACAGUUUGCUUAGGUGGAACAGCUGCAGCUGGAGCAGCUACGGCUGGAGCAGCAGUACCAGUGGGUGCAACUGUGUGUACUGUAUCUUUUAACACUUGUGUCGGCACUUGUACAUUAACAGUUACGGUUUCCACGGGCCCUUUCUAA